GAAAGCCCUGAGUUACAAUCUUCAUUUCUCUCAAAAGUGACAUUUUGGUGGCUAAAUAGAUUGAUGAUAAAAGGCUACAAACAUCCAUUAGCUGAAAAAGAUCUGUGGGACUUGAAUGGAAUAGAUAAAUGUGAUUUUGUCGGACAACAGUUUAAUCGUGAAUGGAUGAAAGAAACUGUCAAAUCAAGGUUAGUCCAAGUAUACUCAUUUUAUUCGCAUUUUAUUCGUAUAGCUCUACUAAGAAAUGCUACCGUAGUAACUAAAGGAAAAGGCCCGUCAUUGUUAGCAGCUAUUGGAGGCGCCUUUGGAGGAGUAUUCUUGUUCGCCGGUUUUCAAAAAUUUAUUGAUGAUCUAUUGACGUUUGUUAGCCCUCAAAUUUUAAGGGCCUUAAUCGGGUUUACUGGUGAUAAAAGUCAACCUUUGUGGCUUGGAUUUGCACUUGCUUUCAUUAUGUUUGCGGCAGCUACUGUUCGAUCUUUGAUACUUCAUCAAUACUUUCAUCUUUGUUUUAUCCUUGGAAUUAGACUCAAAUCAGCAAUCAUUUGGGCCAUUUAUAGGAAAUCAUUAGUGUUAUCCAAUUCUGCAAAGAAAAAAUCAACGACUGGAGAGAUUGUAAAUUUAAUGUCGGUUGAUGCUCAAAGAAUAGCCGAAUUAACUGGAUAUCUUCAUGUAAUAUGGUCGUCGCCAUUCCAGAUUGCAUUAGCUGUUUACUUUCUAUGGCAAGAGCUCGGACCCUCUGUUCUUGCUGGUGUCGGUAUACUAGUAUUACUUGUACCCAUUAAUGCAUAUCUUUCUAUGAAAUCAAGAAAUUUUCAGGUUAAACAGAUGGAGCAUAAAGAUUCUAGAAUUAAAUUAAUGAAUGAAAUUCUAAAUGGAAUCAAGGUCUUAAAGUUAUAUGCUUGGGAGAAGUCGUUCAUAGAAAAAGUUUUGGCUAUCAGAAAAUUGGAGCUAAAGCAGCUUUUUGUUAGCCAGUUGUUACAGUCGGCCAGUAGAUUUGCCUGGGCGAAUGCGCCAUACUUGGUUGCUUUGGUAACCUUUUCAACCUAUGUUCUAACCGGCAAUGAACUGAAUGCCUCCAAAGCGUUUGUUUCCAUUUCUUUAUUCAACAUCCUUAACUAUCCAAUAGCAAUGUUGCCUACUGUUAUUUCUAUGGUUAUCCAAGCUAGUGUUUCACUACAACGGUUAUCUAAAUUCUUAAGAAAUGAUGAGAUGGACUUAAACAUUGUCGAGAAUUCUAUGCCACCUAAACACGUAAUAGAAAAUGGCACAUUCAAAUGGGGUUCUGAUGAAAAACAACCAACCUUAAAAAAUAUCAACUUACAAAUUCCAACCGGUUCACUGGUCGCCGUUGUUGGCCAUGUUGGCGGUGGUAAAUCAUCGCUGGUGUCUGCAAUUCUUGGCGAGAUGGAUAAAGAAGAAGGCAACGUUUAUGUUAAAGGUUCAGUUGCUUAUGUACCACAACAAGCUUGGAUGCAAAAUGCCACCGUAGAAGAUAAUAUUUUGUUCGGCAAUGAUCGUAUGGUAGGACGUUAUGAGAGAACUAUCGAAGCUUGUGCUUUACUAACUGACUUAGAUGUACUACCAGGUGGAGAUCAAUGCGAAAUAGGAGAAAAGGGAGUAAAUUUAAGCGGAGGCCAAAAACAGCGAGUUAGCUUAGCGCGAGCUGUAUAUUCAAAUAGCGACGUUUAUAUCCUUGAUGACCCUCUUAGUGCUGUGGACGCUCAUGUGGGCAAUCACAUCUUUGAAAGCGUCAUCGGCAAUCGCGGCAUAUUAAGACAUAAGACUCGAAUUUUUGUCACUCACGGUCUUGGUUUCCUUCCUUUUGUCGAUAAAGUCGUUGUUGUAGAAAGCGGAGAAAUUAUUGAGAGUGGAACCUUUGAUGAACUUAUAUCCCAUCAGGGAGCAUUUGCAGAUUAUUUAUUGGCCUACACUCAUACAGAAACAAAUAAACCAGAAGAAGAGGACGUACGUGAACGUCUAAUUUCCAUAUCAUCCCAGGCAAGGAGAGGUUCUAACCUUGGUUCAAGCGAGGAUCUCAGUAGACAAAGAAAAUCAAUUCAUUCCAAAGAAAGUUCAGUUUACGCUCGUAGUAUCUCUAUAGUUAGCCAACGUCGAAGUCUAGUUAGUUCAGCUCAGGAAGAGCAUGAUUCAAUCAUGAAACAAAUUAAAGCUCUUACAGAAAAAAAGAAAUUAAUUGAAGAAGAAAAAUCUGAAGUUGGGCGAGUAAAGUCAACAGUUUUCUUAUAUUAUCUAAAAUCACUUGGGUGGAUUUCGGCUAUUAUCCUAUUUCUUUGUAAAAUUGCCAUCGAGGGAUGUUCUAUUGGCACAAAUAUAUGGCUUGUGGAAUGGAGUAGUAUCACAAAUGCUACGGACGCAACUCGAGAUCUUUACCUUGGAAUCUAUGGCGCUAUCGGAGCUGGUAAAGCUGUAUUUUCAUUAGGUAGUAGUUUUCUACUAGCAUUUGCAGCUAUUCGUGGGUCUCGUCAGCUACAUUCAUCUAUGUUAUUCAAUGUAUUUAAAUCACCGGUAUCAUUCUUUGAAACUAACCCACUUGGAAGAAUCGUCAAUCGAUUUUCUAAGGAUAUUUUUGUCAUUGAUGAAGUGAUUCCCGUGGUUAUGGACAGUUUUAUGAGAAUGUUUUGUUCGGUAGUUGGAAUAAUUAUUAUCAUUUGUGUCUCAACACCGUUAUUCAUGACCGUUAUUUUACCACUAGCUGUAAUUUACGUCUUGACACAGCGAUUUUAUAUUCCAACUUCACGCCAACUUAAACGCAUCGAAUCAGUCAGUCGUUCGCCAGUUUAUUCACAUUUUGGUGAAACAUUGCAAGGGGCAAGCACUAUUCGUGGCUAUAAGGCUACAGAGCGAUUUUGUAUGCUAAACGAUAAAAAAGUCGAUCGUAAUCAGAUGGCAUAUUACCCAAAUAUGGCGGCUAAUAGAUGGCUCGCAGUCAGAUUAGAAUUUAUUGGUAACUGCAUUGUCCUUUUUGCUGCUAUGUUUGCCGUUAUUGGUCGGAAUACUUUGCCCGCUGGAAUUGUUGGUUUAUCUAUUUCCUAUGCAUUGCAGAUUACUACAGCCUUAAAUUGGAUGGUCCGCAUGAGCAGUGAUUUGGAAAGUAAUAUAGUAGCUGUUGAACGUGUUAAAGAAUAUUCAGAAAUUCCUCAAGAGGCGUCUUGGGACAUAGCCGAAGUCAAGCCUGACCCUAAAUGGCCAGAAUGUGGUGCUAUUCAAUUCAUUGAUUAUAAAACUCGUUAUCGCGCUAACCUAGAUUUGGUCUUGAAAGGUGUAAGUUGCGAUAUUGCAGAUGGUGAAAAGAUUGGAAUAGUUGGUCGAACAGGAGCUGGAAAAUCCUCUCUCACUUUAGCAUUAUUUCGAAUAAUCGAAGCUGUUGAUGGCAAUAUCAAUAUUGAUCGAGUCAAUAUCUCCAAAAUUGGGUUGCAUCAUCUUCGAUCUAGUAUUACAAUUAUACCACAGGAUCCAGUGUUAUUUUCUGGCAGUUUGCGAAUGAAUCUAGAUCCAUUCAAUAACUAUUCUGACGAAAAUUUAUGGAAAGCUUUGGAAAAUGCGCACUUGAAAGAAUUUGUUCAGUCGUUGGAUGAUAAACUAGAAUUUGAAGUCAGUGAACAAGGUGGAAAUCUAAGCGUUGGGCAGCGUCAAUUAGUUUGCUUAGCUCGAGCUUUACUGCGUAAAACUAAAGUAUUGGUGUUAGAUGAAGCUACAGCCGCCGUAGAUUUAGAAACCGAUGACUUAAUUCAAGCCACAAUCCGACGAGAGUUUGCAGAUUGUACUAUACUUACUAUUGCUCAUCGUCUUAAUACGAUAAUGGAUAGUACCAGAGUUAUGGUAUUAGAUCAAGGUCAAAUAGUUGAAUUUGAGCCACCUGCUGUUCUACUUACUCGUAAAGACAGUAUUUUCUAUUCGAUGGCUAAAGACGCUAAACUUGCGUAA